CUGGAACUCAUCAUCAGUGAAGCUCCUCCCACUGCAGUUCAGCAAUAAAUGCUGGAAGAUUCCCAUCAGUUCAGAAGUGAAGACGAGCGUCAGAGCAUCAGGAAGAGCUGAAAUCUGAUCAAAGACUGAGUUUAUUAAAGAGGACAGAGAGAAGAUGAGAGAUCCAGAGCCCUGCAGAAUCAAACACACUGAAGAUACUGAACAACAAACAGAGCUGAAGGAAGAGAGCGAGGAGAGUGAAGAACUGAGUGAAGUGGAGGAGGAGCAUCAUGUCAAACCUGGAGAAAAACCUUGGAGUCGCUCAAAGAUUAAAAAGACAUUUUUAAAGAAAAGAAGAGCCAAUCAAUCUAUCACCUGCACUCAGUGUGGAAAGAGUUUCACAAAUAAACAUAGUCUUGUGCGUCACAUGAGAGUUCACACCGGAGAGAAGCCAUUCAAGUGUGGUCAGUGUGGAAAGAGAUUCACAAGGUACUCUUAAAGAACACACGAGGAUACACUCUGGAGAAAAGCCGUUCGCAUGUGGUCAGUGCGGCAAAACAUUUAUUCGUUCAUCAGACCUGAAGAAACACCUGACAGUUCAUACGAAGGAGAAGCCACAUUCCUGUUCUGAAUGUGGAAAGAGUUUUUCACUGCUGCAGAGUUUACAUGUACAUCAGAAAACUCACACUGGUGUGAGAGAGUACUUGUGCUUUGAGUGUGACAAGACUUUUACUACAGCGAGCUCUUUAAACCUGCACCAGAAGAUCCACACUGGAGAGAAACCUUACAAGUGUUCACACUGUGACAAGACAUUCAGUCUGUCAUCAAAUCUCAAAAAACAUGAGAAGAUCCACAGCAGAGAGAAACCUCACAGCGAUGUUCACAAGUCUUAAAUCGCUGUAGUCAGAGUCUUUCUUUAUGAUACAAGUCUAGAGUAUUCAAUUAAAGUUCCAGAUCCGGUGUCUUCCCAGCAGAGGACUGGUCUAAAAUAAAUUAUUUAUGGGCCAUUCUUAGAAAAAAAUGUGUCUUUUCCCCCAAAAAAUUAUAUGUAUGCUUAUUGUAUUAUUUGUAUAAUAUCCAAGGUACACAUUUCUAGUAAUUGUGCAGUUAAUUAUCAUAUUGUAUUUUCAGAAAGUUUUGGAAUAUUUGUCCUCUCCCCAAAUUUGUCAAUCACUGC